UUGGUCCACAUAUGGUAUACUGUACGUUAGUUUGGGUGACUCGUAUAGUGCGGUGUGGCCAUCUUACAGUAAACACGACGCUGCAGCAAAGUGCACUUGUCUGACUCAAACUAUAGUGGCAAGCGAUAUCAUAAUAGUGACGACAGUUUUAGAUGUUAAGACGGUGAUCAAUAUUAUUGUAAUCCACAACGUGUAUAUGAACUGGGGUGACAUGUACAACAUUUGUAGAAAAACACUCCUGCUUUCGGGUUCCGUAGUCCAGUUUACUUUCUGCCAGUAAACUAAGUGAUACGAGAAGAUGAGGAAGUGAAAGAGGGAGGCAGUGGACAGAGAGGAGUGAUUUAAAAGUGUUGACGGUGAAGCGGAAGGUUGAGUGAGUACAGAUGUGUGGUGGUGUGACGCCCGACCUUGGCCAACCUCUCACCACACAGCACACCCGCAACACUUUACCUCAUGGAUUGUGCCCGCGUUUUACCACAAGCUACUGCAUGCGGUAGUGUUGAGGAUGAACCUGCGUUACCGUGUGAGUCGUGGCCAAAGCAGCAGCCCUGUUAGCAGCAGUAGCAGCAACAGCGGUGGUGGUGGCGGCGGCGGGGGAGGCAGCAACAGCACCAGGACCCACCACCGCCGCACACCUCUCUCCCCCGCUCCUCCACGUCCGCUCUCUCCCACGCAACUGCUCAAGUCUCCAGUGAGAGCUCCAAGAGCUCAUAGGGCUGUCAAGAGAUCUGGUGAUGCCUUUGAGGUGAGAUGCACAAGAAGCAGUGACAGGGAACAGAAUGAAAACUUGUUGGUGUCCCCAGCACAGUACAACAGUGUGGUGAACGUGUCCGUCCCACACCACCAUACUCCUCCUCUUUUACGUGCUCGACGUUACACCAACAAGUUCUCCAAGUGCAAAUCUAGCCCUCCAACACCUGUUAUUGACUCUGAAAACAACAUUAUUGCGACAAAAUUGCUCAAACCGCGUCCUCUCAGAGUUAGCAAGCGGCAAAACGAAUCCCCACCAAGCUACAAGCGUCACACACCACGGAAGCCUCACAGUCGACGUCAUCGCAUUACACAUCCAAGUGAAACAUCAAAAAUGCUGAAAGAAGUACAAGAGAUGAAGACUUCUGCCAUGGACACGUCCCUCUUUUCCCCUGUGUAUUCAGUGGAUGCCACUUCUCCGCCUCUCUCAUCAUCCCUCGUGGGUCCCACCGUGGGAAGAGAUUUCACCAGGGGACUCGUUGAUGAAGAUUACCCAGUUGAGAGAGGGCAGGAGGAACUGGAAGAGGUUGAGGAUGAUGAGGAAGAUCACGAGGGUAGCAUCCAGGGAAGAAUGUGCCAGGAAAACACUUCAAACGGCCCAGAUCUGACACAACUUUCUUCUCGCAUUCAACUUGAUAUUCCUCACAUCUUGGAUCCACCUACACCUAAUUCUCCACAAGUGCUGGAAUCUGAGGAAGCGGAAAUGAUGAUUGCCCAGGUCUCCCAAUGUGCAGCCCAGGAGAAUAAGGAAAAUUAUGAGGCUGGAGGGACAUACGAGAGUUCAUGUGACGAAGGUUAUGAUGAAUGGGAAGCCUUUGAUCCAUACUUCUUCAUCAAGCACCUUCCACCACUCACUCCUGAGAUGAGGGCAAGAAAUCCAGCUCUACCCCUUAAGACUCGCAGUUCACCGGAAUUCACCCUGGUCUUAGAUUUGGAUGAGACACUGGUGCACUGUAGUCUUCAGGAGUUGGAAGAUGCCACGCUCAGUUUCCCAGUGGUAUUUCAGGAUGUCAACUACCAGGUGUUCGUGCGCACCAGGCCAUACUUUCGAGAAUUUUUGGAACACGUUUCCCAUCUGUACGAAGUGAUCUUAUUCACCGCCAGUAAGAAGGUUUAUGCGGACAAAUUAAUGAACCUCCUUGACCCCCAGCGCAAGUGGAUCAAGUAUCGACUGUUCCGUGAGCACUGUGUGUGUGUGCAGGGCAAUUAUGUGAAGGACCUUACCAUACUUGGCAGAGACCUUUCCAAGACCAUAAUUGUGGAUAAUUCUCCCCAAGCUUUUGGUUACCAGAUCAACAAUGGGAUCCCUAUUGAGAGCUGGUUUGUUGAUAAAGAAGAUCGAGAGCUGGAGAAGCUUGUACCAUUCCUAGAGUCGCUUGUAGAUAAAGAUGACGUGCGACCCUUCAUCCGUGAGAAGUACAAACUGGAGACUUAUUUGCCACCAGAUUAGACUCCUGAGAACUCUUGGGGUGGAGAAUAUUCUUCGAGGUGACAGGAGCAACAGUAACUAGAAGAAAAAUUAAGUGUUCUGUUAUAAACACUCUUUUAUCUUUCAGUAAAAUAUUCUAUCAAUCUGUCUGGUACACUUUGCAUUAAGCUCAGGUGAUAAGAACUGGUGCCUGAUCUUGAUAUACUACAGUGUUGACACAAGUGAGGAGACACAGUACCAUAAUUAACUAAUAUAGUGUAUAUGUUUGAACCAAUAAGACCCCCAGACUAUGGUGUUAGAACUAGAUGUAGAAAAUAUAAACUUUCAGAAGGGCUGCAUUGAGCUUGGAAGUGAUACAUUAUUUGUUUGGCAGGAAAUGAUGAUGGGAGAAGAAUGAAUGUUUUGGCUUGAAAAGCACUGGAAUAUAUAAGGUGAUAAGUAUUGAGUUAUAAACAAUCUCGCAAGUAAGACAGUACUGUGUAUGAUCAACAGAAAUAUAUGAUGCUUUGAUAAACCUGAUCCACGGAUGUGAAAAGUUGGCAGCAUCCAGUGUAAAAAGUUACACUGCUCCUGUUGGACGAUAUGCAUCUUGCUGCUCUCAAAGAUGAGAUGUAGUGUUGGAUGUUCUCCACACAAGAGAUGUCAGGAUAAAUGUGUAAAUCAAGUGAAUGCAUGUCCGAGAUUAAGUAGCUUGCAUUGAAUCUGUCACCUGGAUUAAGGAAGAGAAGAGUGUAUAUUUUUAAUGUCUUCUUUUAAGGUAUUAAAAUUAUAACCCACAGACAUCAUUUUACCUGUUGCACUUUUUUCUCUUUCCGGCUGUAAAGAAACGAAUUAAUGUUGGUCUAGAUUAUAGGAAAGAAGUAGGUCUUAUUUUUUUUAUUGUAAUGAAUGGUUGGAAAUGACCUACAACUUUUUGCAAUGUAAUUGCUAUAUCUUUUAUGCAUUUUACUGAAGGAUUAAUAUACAAUGUACUGUACAUAGUCAGCCAGGGAAGCCUCAGAAUUAUUUUUUUAAUACGAUGAUCAUAUUUCGUCAUUGGUUAAUCGAACAGUGGAAGCAGUAUAAAAUCAAGAGGUAUGAGACAUUUACAGCAAAGUCUUUGUAAGGGUUUUGUUCUUUAAUUAUAUUCACGAACACCUAAUCCACAUAGCAAACUAUGGCAUUCAGCUUGCAUGAGAUAUGUGGUUAUGAGAUGGAUAAGAAAAUGAGUAGUCAUGAAAAUGGUUUGUCUAACUGUUUCUUAAGUACUGUACCAUAACUGUACAGUAACCUUGUGCAGUUCCCACAUGUAAGGUGAAAAUGA